AUGGCGCCCUUGGCGGCCGCCGAUGAUGGAGUCAAGCAAGGAAGGGGUCGCGUCCAGAGGAGAGGAAGGAGGCCGGGAGGCGGCGGGUCCGGGCGAGGGGAACCCGUUCCCGGCGUUGGAGGCCUUGAGCAGAGGUCUGGUGGUCGAUGUCGUGCACGAGGCGAGGUCGAGGACGGUCGCGGGUUGAGGGUGCUGCAGGCGGGAGCGGCUGGAGAAGGUGGUGGAGUCACACGGCUCGAUGGAAGCAGGGGCGGUGGAGCUUGCGCAUCGGGCGGCGUCACUGGACGAGGAGGAGGCUGCGGCCUCGCGAUUUUCGGCGGCGGGGCACCGGGCAGCAUGCAGGACCACGGCGAGGACGCGAGGGAGAGGGGCGGCGCAAGGCGGCGGUGCUCGUUGGUGCUGGUCGCCGGAGCAAGCGGCGGCGAGGAGGUGGUCGGGUGUGGGGGUCUCACGGUGGAGGCGGUGAGAGGAUCGGGCGCAGGGAGCUCCUCUCCCUGGCUCGAUGCGAGCGUGUGA